UUUCUACUUGGCUGAAUCCACUCUUUCACAGAUGGGAGAAUGGCUGUGAUAGUGGUGGUCAUUGUGGUAGAAGAGUCUUAAUUUUGGUGCAUUUUCACGCGUUAACAAGGCCUUUUCUGUAAUUUCUAUCUAACCUCCCUUCCCCCAUUGCAUAAGUUUAACUAACAAAUUGGCGAGUAAUGCGCUUUUAUGAUUUUGGCAAUGGAACAGUGUGCUUGUGUGGAACGUGAACUGGACAAGUUACUACAGAAGUUUGUUUUGUAUGGCCAGCACACUGAGAGGAGUUUAGACGAAUUGCUGAAGUAUGUCACUGGCCUGAGAGACGAACUUUCCCAUACAGCUUUGCAGGAAGCUGAGCUCUCUGGAACUCUCUCACUUGUGAUGUCACAGUGUUGCAAGAAAGUGAAAGAUACUGUUCAGAAGUUGGCAUCUGAUCACAAGGAUAUCCAUGGCAGUGUUUCCAAAGUUGGCAAGGCCAUUGACAGGAAUUUUGAGGCAGAGAUCAGUGAAGUUGUUGCAGACAGUGCUUGGGAAUCACAGGAGAGACAGCAGUUUCUUAGUGCUGGAAUUGUGGAACAUCUCUACCGACAGGGCCUGCUGAAUGUGGCAGAGGAGAUGUGUCAGGAGUCUGGGCUCAGUGUUGACCUAAGCCUGAAACAGCCAUUUGUGGAAUUGAACAGAAUCUUAGAAGCACUUCGAAAUCAAGAUCUCCGACCUGCAUUAGAGUGGGCAGUGGUUAACAGGCAGCGUCUCUUAACUUUGAACAGCACUCUGGAAUUUAAACUACACCGUCUAUAUUUCAUCAGCUUAUUAAGUGAUGGUAUUCGGAAGCAGAAGGAGGUUCUGAGUUAUGCACGUCAUUUCCAGACCUUUGCAACUCAACAUCAGAGAGAUAUUCAAACAUUGAUGGGCAGUCUGGUGUACCUCAGACAUGGUGUUGAGAACUCACCUUAUCGCCAUCUGCUGGACACUAGUCAGUGGGCAGAGAUCUGUGAUGUGUUUACACGGGAUGCUUGUGCACUUCUGGGCCUGUCUGUGGAGUCUCCUCUUAGUGUCAGCUUUUCCUCAGGGUGCAUAGCGUUGCCUGUUCUGCUGAACAUCAAAGCAGUGAUUGAACAGAGGCCGUGUGCUGGAGUCUGGAGUCACAAAGAAGAACUUCCAAUUGAGAUUGAACUGAGUAAAAAGUGUUGGUACCAUUCAGUCUUUGCCUGCCCAAUUCUUCGACAGCAGACAUCAGACUCCAAUCCACCCAUGAAACUCAUAUGUGGUCACGUGAUCUCCAAGGAUGCUUUAAAUAAGCUCAUUAGUGCUGGCAAGUUGAAAUGCCCAUACUGUCCAAUGGAACAAAACCCUGCAGAUGCCAAACAGAUCUUCUUCUGAGAAAGGACUGAUGUGGACUUGAUAUCUUCUGGAGAAAGAGAAGCAGAGAGGAGACAGCACUGAUUGGAGACAGACGUACUCCUAUCAGGACAUAAAAGUUGGCUUCAUUAAUGCCUGUGCCAGUUACUGUGAAACAGAGUCACACCUUUAUUCCAAAGCCUAACAUUUCACUGGGGGUAACAUCUUCUGGAUUUAAUGAGGUGUGGACCUGCCUGAUGAGGGACCAUAUUGUGAAGUAGACAAUGCAAAUCUCCAUGGUGGUUUCAGCAAAACAACAUCAAUAGUUAAUUUCAUGGGGUAAAGUUUUUUAGAUUUUUUAUCAGUUAGACAAUUUUGGAAAAAAGGCCCUCUCACUUUCACUUCCCAUAAUUCUUGGGUAUGAUUUGGAGCCUUCAAGUGGAAGGAUAGUGAUCCUUCCAUUUCAUAUGAUCUUCCUUAUGAAAUAAAAGUCUAAUCUACUUCUCCUGAGUUAGCAGAUCCGUAUCAUCCCACAGCUUUUAAGAUGCUAUUUAGUAUCUGUCAUUUGUGGAAAAAUAAAACAUCAGGGAUUUUUUUUUCUGCAACCUUAAACUGUGGCAUCAUCUCCUGAAUUGUGUUUAAUUGAAGAACAUCUCAUGUCCUGUGGCAAUCAGUUUUUCAGUUUACUGUACAUCCCACGUGGACCGCCAAAUAAGAAAACAAUGCAGAACCAAAUAAAUUAGUCCAUCCUCUUUUGAGGCAAAGUGACAUCACCUGCUGAAUACUUUUGUCAAGAUGUUUGUAGGAUUGCUGCUGUAUUAACCCUAUAUUUUCUUAGAUGUAUAUUUUAAAAUUCCCAGUUUGAGAGGCUCAGAGGUAGAUUUUCUUCCCUCUGUGUCCUACUACUGGUUGGCUUAUUCCUUUGAAAGACUAUACGUAUCUUAUGUGAGAAAUGGGAGAAGUUCAGGCAUGCAGAUGUCUGCUGGCCUGCUAAAACAUAUCCUGAAUAUUUAUAUAUACGCGGAAUGAAUGAAGGAACUUAAGCAUUGAAAAGACCCAGUGCAGUAUAAAUUCUAGUCAACAUUCACUAGACAUAACAUCUGAAUGAGCUGCAGCAUCACUGUUAUUUUCUCAAAUUUGUGUUAAUUGUUUACCAGUUUUAAGGUGUAAUAAUGCCUUAACAUGUACUGAGUAGUGGGCUUUUCUGUAUUAUCUUGUCUGUUUUUUUUCCAUGGGAGUAGUAGUAUUUUUCUAGCUAGGCUGUAGGAAAAUAUAUGGAAGCUAUUCUUUAAAAUAAAAGCCUAGAGUUUUAAAUA